GUCCAGUAAGCUGGAGUUGAAAAUUGAGACACGUUAAUUUUCCUUGAUUGAUAUUUAUUUCUCGAAGCCCACCUUCCAUCUGUCGCUCCUCGACGAAGCUGAGGCAUGGUGAUCUCGAAUCCCUCGUCUUCCACGAUCGAUCCCGAACUGGUGAUCUCCCACAGGUUCUCCGAGACCUCGUUUUGCUAUACAGAAAGAGAUGUAGCGCUCUACGCUCUAGGCAUCGGAACUUGUUCUGGAGACGCGGUGAACGAGAAGGAACUCAGCUACGUUUACCAUAAAAAUGGACAAAAGUUUAUCAAGGUUUUUCCUACCUUUGCUGCCCUGUUUCCUUUUUCUAGAGGUCUUGGACUUGAAGGAAUUCAUGGAUUGCAAUAUGAUCCUAGGCUUCUGUUGCAUGGUCAACAUUAUAUAGAAAUCUACCGGCCUCUUCCUUCAAACAGCUGCAUUCUCAACCAAUUCAAAGUUGCUGGCUUGCAUGACAAAGGAAAAGCAACUAUAAUUGAGCUUGAAACUACAAGUUACAUAAAAGAGUCUGGUGAAGUACUGUGCAUGAACAGGAGUUCAAUAUACUUGCGUGGUUCUGGAGGUUUUUCAAGCGCAUCACAACCAUAUUCGUACAAAACCUACUCAGAUAGUCAACCUUCUCGAUUUUCAAUUCCUAAACAUCAGCCUACUGCAAUUUUUGAAGAAACAACCCAACUAUCUCAGGCUCUAUUGUAUAGGCUAUCAGGCGAUUAUAAUCCUCUUCAUUCAGACCCGAUGAUUGCACAGGUGGCAGGGUUUGCACGCCCAAUACUUCAUGGCUUAUGUACUCUUGGCUUUGCGGUGAGAGCCAUCAUAAGAUCCUUUUGCGAUGGGGAAGCAACAGCUGUUAAAAACAUCUUUGGUCGUUUCCUUUUGCAUGUAUAUCCUGGAGAAACUCUAGUCACAGAAAUGUGGCUUGAAGGCUCGACAGCUAUUUAUCAGACAAAGGUGAAGGAGCGAAAUCGAGUUGUGCUCUCUGGUUAUGUGCUACUGAAGCAGAACUCUUCCCUGUAGAAUCUGUUCCAGAGAUCAUGAUGAACAUGGACUACAGUUUCUUUAAAUGGUUGGUUGAUGUUGAAAAUUCCUAACUCCUAUUGAGAAUCGGUGGAUACACUGUCUAAUAAUCUUGUACCAUAUCUUCUUUAUCAUCUGGUCUCAUGGCUAGUCCAUUUGCUUUUA